UCAUUCCCACGCUCAUCUCUCUCCCUAGAAUCGACCCCAAUUCCAGAGAGAAUCACACACAUAUUGGUGAGAAAAAGAGGGAGAGAUUCAAAAGAAGUCCGAUUGUUCAUGGAGGAAUUGGGAAGGAUGAAGAGAUUCGCUGUUCUUCUGUGCGCGGAAGACUCCGAUUACGUGAAGAAGAAAUACGGUGGAUACUUUGGGGUUUUUGUUGCAAUGCUGGCCGAAGAAGGCGAGAUUUGGGACGUUUUUCGUGUAUCCAGCGGUCACUUCCCGUCCGAUGACGAGAUCGGUCUCUACGACGGUUUUGUGAUCACAGGUAGUUGUAACGAUGCCCACGGUAACGACGCUUGGAUCUGUAAACUUCUCAUUCUGCUCAAGAAACUGGAUUCGUUGAACAAAAAAGUACUCGGCAUUUGUUUCGGCCAUCAGAUAUUAGCCCGCGCACUUGGAGGAAAGGUUGCUCGUGCAACAACAGGAUGGGAUAUAGGAGUGCGGAGCAUCAAUUUCUCGACAUCUAUGAAGAUGUUCACUAAUUUGAAAUUGCCAACUCGGUUAUCUUUGAUUGAAUGUCAUCGUGAUGAGGUUCGGGAACUCCCAUCCAAGGUAGAGGUGUUGGCAUCGUCCGAUAAAACUAAGGUUGAGAUGUUUAGGUACGGUGAUCAUAUCAUGGGAGUUCAAGGCCACCCCGAGUACACCAAGGAUAUUCUUCUACAACUAAUCGACCGCCUUCUUCAACACAAUCUUAUUGAGGAAUGGAAUGCUAUAAAAGGGAGAGGUAGCAUGGAGGAGAAUGAGCCAGACAGGGAGACAUGGAAGCAGCUGUGCACCAGCUUUCUAAAGGGGAAGCUAUGGACCCUUAGGAUUAGUCGAGGUACAAAUACACAAGUCCGGACAUCUAUAGUAAACCCAAAAAAACAAUAAUUGAUUAGCAAUUUACUCACGUAAGUUGGACAUGUAUCCGUUGUUUCCGGACCCAUUGUGUUCCAUCCAUAUAUUCUUUUUUGAUUCCUUCCUCUUGUUAUUUGGCAAUAAACAUGAUGUUCUUGUC